AUGUGGUCACAGACGGUUUCCUUUCGAGCAAAGCUACUGAGUACCUUCACGACCUUUAUCUAUGCCUUGGCAGCUCUAGCCGCCCCUGGGAUCUCGGACGAUUCUUUCGACGUGUUGAACUAUGUUGAUCCGCUGAUUGGCACGGCCAACGGGGGUCAUGUAUUUGCUGGCGCAACAUUGCCAUUUGGCAUGGCCAAGGCUGUAGCAGAUACCCGAGGAGAGAACCAGGCCGGCUUUGCCUACGACACGACAGUUGUCACAGGUUUCUCGCAUAUGCAUGACUCCGGUACUGGAGGCUCCCCAUCAAUGGGAAAUUUCCCAAUUUUCCCGCACCCAAACUGCCCGGAUGACGAUAUCAACAAAUGUAAAUGGCAGCAGUCGGACAGAGCAGUUCCAUGGAAAAAGAAAUCGCCUGUGGCCCGUCCUGGGUACUUUGGCAUUUCGUUGCAGAAUGGUGUGGAUGCCGAAAUGACGACAACCAAUCGGUCUGCCCUAUAUCGCUUUACGUUUGAAGAUACUUCGCCAGAAGCGUUGAGUCCUUUGAUUCUGGUGGAUCUGAUCGACCUGCCACAGUCCCGGCUGAAUGGAACUGCCGAUGUCGACCGUUCAACGGGGCGACUGAUGGGCAAUGGUACCUUCAAUCCUAGUUUUGGGAUUGGUUCUUACGAUCUCCAUUUCUGCGUUGAUUUCAAGGGCGCCAAGCUUCGCGAUACGGGAACCUGGGCCAGGAAUCGUGCCAAUACCAGCCGAGAUACCGUGUCGUUCUAUGCCGACGGGACUAACACGGCUUCCACUCUUUCUGCUGGCACAUUUGCUAGAUUCCACAGCCCCAAGGACAAAAGCAUUCUGGUCCGUGUCGGAGUGAGCUUUAUAAGCGUCAAGCAGGCAUGUUCCAACGCCGACAGGGAACAGCCCAAUUUCGACUUUGCAGGCACAGUUUCUGCAGCGGAGUCGGCUUGGAGGAAGAAACUCGAUGUUAUUUCUGUGAAUGCGGACGGAGUCUCGUCAGAUCUGCAAAAGGUGUUUUGGAGUGGAGCAUACCGGACCCUCAUAAGCCCGCAAGACUAUACAGGCGAAAAUCCGCUCUGGAAAAGCGACGAGCCAUAUUACGACAGCUACUACUGCAUUUGGGACUCUUUUCGCAGCAUCCAUCCUCUUCUCACGUUGAUUGACCUGCCGUCACAAUCUCUGAUGAUGCGAAGCCUGAUCGACAUCUACCGGCAUACGGGCUAUUUGCCUGAUUGUCGUAUGUCGCUGUGCAAGGGGUUCACCCAAGGGGGCUCGAAUGCAGAUGUGGUCGUAGCAGAUGCAUACUUGAAGAAGGUACCCGGGGUUGACUGGGAUACUGCAUACAAAGCAGUCGUCAAGGAUGCAGAAGUCGAGCCUGCAAAUUGGAACGUCGAAGGUCGCGGUGGGCUUCACAGCUGGAAAAACCUCGGCUACAUUCCUACCGAUGAUUACGACCCAUACGGCAUUGGCACCCACACUCGCAGCAUCUCUCGAACCGUGGAAUAUGCGUACAAUGACUUCUGUAUUGCCGAGAUGGCGCAGCGAAUGGGCCACCAUGACGACUACAAAAAGUACGCGGCGCGUUCAGGAAAUUGGGCCCAUGUGUUCAAGGCAGACCAAACAUCCAGUAUCCGCGGUAUCAGCACGAACUUCACUGGAUUCCUGCAGCCUCGCUAUCCAAACGGCACCUGGGGCUACCAAGAUCCGAUUUUCUGCAGUCCUCUGCUGAACUUCACUUCGUGCUAUCUCAACCCCGAUGGGCAUGAAACAUACGAGGGCAGUUCUUGGCUUUAUACAUUUUACGCGCCGCAUGAUAUGGGGUUUCUUAUCAAAACCCUGGGUGGACCCAAGGCAUUCACAUCCCGCCUCACUUACUUGCAUGAUUCUGGCCUUCUUUACGUGGGCGAUGAGCAAGCUUUUCUAACAAUCUAUCAAUUUCAUUACUCUGGACGUCCCGCCCUGUCAGCAAGGCGCAGCCAUUUCUAUAUUCCGUCACAAUUCAACACCACCGUUGCCGGCAUCGCCGGUAAUGACGACAGCGGCGCCAUGGGAUCGUUCGUGGUGCUAAGCAUGAUGGGUCUAUGGCCGGUUCCCGGACAAGAUGUGUAUUUAAUCACCCCACCCUAUUUCAAAGAAGUAAGCAUCCGCAACAGUGUCACCGGCAAGGUUGCUACGAUCCGCAACAUCAACUUUGAUCCUCGCUACCGAUCAAUUUACAUCCAAAGUGCCAAGCGCAACGGCAACCCAUGGAAGCAGAAUUGGAUCACCCAUGACUUCUUUGCAGAGGGUGGCCUUCUUGAACUCGAGCUCGGGGCGAGCGAAAGCGACUGGGGCACCCACCUGGAGGAUCUGCCGCCGAGUUUGAAUCACUAUCAUACCUGA